AGAGUUUGUAUAUCGAUCGCUAAAAUUUGCCUGAUUGCCAUUCGAAACGUAAAACAGCUGAUUAAAAGUUGACAAACAAAUUCGUUUCAGAAACAUUGAUCUAAAUUUUCAGUAAACAUUCCUUCCCGUUGCGCAACUACUUGUAAAUCUUCUUUUAGACGUCUGUUAGUGGUUUUAUUUCAAAAUAAUCUGGUUGUAACCUACAUUUCGCAAACAAAGGAUAGUUAUGCAUAAACCUGAAAGUGAUUCAUAAGUAUAACAACCUUGUAUUAGUUCUUUGUCUCGACAAUCCAUAAUUUAAAGUGAAUUUUAUAUUUCGAUAUGGAUGAUAAUAAAAAUAUAUCCGAUAGAGAUGAUUCGUGUAAUGAAAUAGGAUCGACAAGUGAAUGUUCCAGUACAAAUGAAGAUGAUUCUACUCAAUUUACGACAAGACGUCAACGCACCACUUCUCACCAAUUUAUGAUUGAAAGUGGUUUAGUAGCAGCGUCUCCUCCAAAAUUUGUAUCUCUUGAAGAGAUAAUGCAUGCAGCGAACGGUAUGAGAGACAUGGCUCUAGUACAUCAAAUAGUAGUUGAUAAAGAUUUUCGUUUAAAACGAGCCGAACCGGAACCUAAUAGUGUACAAGGCGUAAUUAAAAACACCAUGCAUAAAGCUUUUUGGGAUAUUUUAAGACAACAAUUAGAUGAGGAUCCACCCGUAUAUACCCAAGCAUUGAAUCUUUUGGAGGAAAUUAAAGAAGGGUUGUUUUCUGUUCUGUUACCUCAACAUACGAAAAUUAAACAACAAAUUUCGGAGGUUUUAGAUAGUGAUUUGAUAAAACAACAAGCUGAAAACGGAACUUUAGAUUUUAAGAAUUACGCUAAUUAUGUAAUAUCUGUGAUGGCAAAAUUGUGUGCACCAAUUCGAGACGACAAGAUUCGCGAAAUUGGCGAAGCCGUCGACGUUCUCGACACGUUCAAAGGUAUUCUGGAGACUUUAGAUUUGAUGCAAUUAGAUAUGGCUAAUUUUACUCUUCAAAUGGUGCGUCCCGAUAUUAUCGCGUGUAGUGUCGAAUUGGAAAGGAAAAAAUUCGCCGAUUAUUUAGCCAUUCAAGACGAUGGCCUUAAGUUAACUCGUAAAUGGUUGUUGCGGUACGUGAAAAAUGAUCAAAUUGUACCGGACAACGUACAAUACGAAUCGUUCGUUAAAAGCGUCGUAAAAAGGUCUCUUUGUCAAGCUUGCGUCGAAUUAAUAGAUUGGCCAAAGGACGAAGGAUAUCCGGAAACUUUCAUGUUAGAUUUGGAUAGACUAAAUGACUUACAUACGAGGUAUUUCCGUUUGAUAUGUGCCGCUACUAUAAUUCUCGUUACAAUAAGCAAUUCGGGAACGGAUCUCCAAUCAAUUUCGGCUUUCAAACAAUCAUUAAAGGAUCAUAUAUGCAUUUUACUACAAGACAUUAAGGAUGAAGACGAUUUCAAAUCGGCGUUGCCAAAUAUUUCCGAACAAGUUAUAAUGGAACUGAAAGACGCCCAAAAGAAGUACGAACUUCCACAAUUAGUGCAACCUGCCGAAGCGAAUUUCAAAGAGCAUAUUUUGGAUAUUGGGAGGGAAGAUCACAAAGUCAAAGAAUUAGUCCGUAGAAGGGUGAAAGAUUUUCUAUUGGAGACUAUAGAAUCGUCGACGGCGGCGCCUCAGAAGGUACCUUCCGGUUUAACUGCUGUACAAAAAGAAUUGACGGAAAUUGCGGGACAAUUUUUGAGGAUUAUUUCUCACAAUAGUACAGUUUUUUGUAAUUAUUAUUAUGAUAUAGUCGCUGCGGCUCUACCUAAACCAAACUAAUCAUAAUUAAAUAAUAUAUUACGACCCUCUGAAUAAUUAUAAAUGUGGUAAAUUUAAUAAUCCACCCUAUAUAUUAUGGUAAUUCAUUUAUAACUCAUCUUAAUGGUUGCUGUAUCGAUUUAUUUUUAUAAAAUUUUAAUUGCAGACUAUUUUUUUGUUUAAUAAAAGUUUUCAUUAGCUUUGUUUAUUUACUCUACUAUUGAUUUUUACUUGCCACGUUGCCAGAGAGGAAUUUCCGCCA